UUAAACUACAAAGUGUUUCUCAUCAAAAAAUCCUCAACGUGCAGCAAUGACAGCUUUGCAGAUCCUUGGCAUUCUAGCCGUCAGUUUGUCCAGAUACUCAGGUGACAUUUCACACCACGCUUCCUGUAGCACUUGUCUUGUCGGGCACUUUUCACGCACCUUACAAUCUAGCUGAUACCACAAAACCUCAAGGGGAUUAAGAUCCAUAACACUCUUUUCCAAUUAUCUGUUGUCCAAGGUCUGUUUCUUUGUCCACAUAAACCUUUUGUUUUUCAGUUUCAAAAGUGGCUUUUUCUUUGCAAUCCUUCCCAUAAGGCCUGUACCCCUGAGUCUUCUCUUUACUGUUGUACAUGAAACUGGUGUUGGGCGGGUAGAAUUCAAUGAAGCUGUCAGCUGAGGACAUGUGAGGCGUCUAUUUCUCAAACUAGAGAUUCUGAUGAACUUAUCCUCUUGUUUAGUUGUACAUCUGGGCCUUCUACAUCUGUUUCUGUCCUUGUUAGAGCCAGUUGUCCUUUGUCUUUGAAGACUGUAGUGUAUCUUUGUAUGAAAUCUUCAGUUUUUUGGCAAUUUCAAGCAUUAUAUAGCCUUCAUUCCUCAAAGCAAUGAUUGACUGACGAGUUUCUAGAGAAAGCUGUUUCUUUUUUUGCCAUUUUUGACCUAAUAUUGACCUUAAGGUAUGCCAGUCUAUUGCAUGCUGUGGCAACUCAAAAACAAAGACAAUGUUAAGCUUCAUUUAAUGAACCAAAUAGCUUUCAACUGUGUUUGAUAUAAUGGCAAGUGAUUUUCUAGUACCAAAUUAGCAAUUUAGCAUGAUUACUCAAUGAUAAGGUUUUGGAGUGAUGGCUAUUUUUCAAAUAGUGAUGGUGCUGUUUUUUUUACAUCAGUAAUGUCUUAACUAUACUUUGUGAUCAGUCGACUGCCGCUUUGGUGAAUUAAAGUACCAAUUUUCUCAAAAACAGCAAUAUCUGUACCUUAUUCCAAACUUUUGGCAGCCAGUGUAUAAACUGUAUAUUUCAUGUAGUGGAAAUGGGCUUCCAUACAUUUCUGUGUUGCUGGAGCUACUUGAGCCUUGAUGAUGCCGUGGGGGGUCCAUAAGGGGGAAAAAAGGUAGGAAAACAAAACAGGUUGGUGUAAACAACAGGCGCUGAGAGGGAACGGAGUAGUGCUACAACCCCGCCGCCUUCUGUUCCCGUCAUGCCUUAAGAAUGGAGCGCCGCUAGUGCGCGCGCUUGUGUGUAUGAGGACACGGACACACACACACACUCAUACUACAUCACUUUCAGUACCCGUGUGUGUAUGUGUGCACUUGUUGUAACCGGUGUGGCACGAAUGCUUAAGAAAAAAACCCUGCCGAAAAAAGGGCUGGAUUAGUGACGGUUGGGAUUAAACCGUUUGGAAUUAAAAUGAUGUGAUGUUUCUUUCCAAAUGUGGCCGGCACUGGAGGUUUCUACAGCCUGAACUCCUUGUUUCUACACAGGCACUCUCUAGAGGUUAAAUAAAAAAACCAUCACUGACUCAUCGCUGACCAUCUGCGUGGUGUUUGUUGUGCAAAAAGACAAGGCUGUUUAUAGAGACGGACACUUCAAACAUAUCAGCAAAAGCCUAGGUCUGACAGAGUUGUGUUCAUCCUGCAUUUGGCUGUAUCUGCCCCAUGACAUAUCCCUGCAUCCAUCAGCCUUUAACCUCUGGUUAACACUACUGCAACAGAACAUAAGAUGGACGAAAUAGAUUUGGCCAAAUUCAAGACCAUGCCAGAGGAUUCUAAUGUCCUGUCCGCAUAUUCCACUGACACCAUCAAUAUUGACGAUGGUCGUUAUAACUCACUGCGUGAAGAUCUGGAGGCCGAUGCUCGGGACUUUGAAGCUCCCACCUGGAGUUUAGCAGUUGACCAGCAGUAUUUAAAAGCCUACUCCAAAGAGGCUAUUAAAAGACAAGACGUAAUACAUGAACUGAUUCAGACAGAGAUAAACCAUGUGCGGACACUGAAGCUAGUUUUGGGUAUAUACGUGCGGGAACUGCACGAGACCCUGCAAAUGGAUGAGAUGCGGCUUGAGAGGCUCUUUCCGCAGGUGGAUAACUUGCUGCAGGUGCACCAGCACUUUCUCAAUCACCUUAAACAGCGGCGAGUGGACUCCAUGGAGCCAGGCAGUACCCAGAAUUACUGCAUCCACAGAAUAGGAGACAUCCUUAUCGCACAGUUCUCAGGUGAAAUGGGAAACAAACUGCGAUACUGCUAUGGAGUAUUCUGCAGUCACCACAACGAUGCAGUCAACUUCUACAAAGACUUAAUGCAAAACAACAAGAAGUUCCAGAACUUUAUACGAAAAAUAUCUCAGCUUUCCAUCGUACGAAGAUUAGGUAUACCGGAGAUUAUUCUACUUAUAACACAACGCAUCACAAAGUAUCCAGUUCUGAUUGAACGUGUCAUCAAAAACACUGAAGUUGACUCAGAGGAGCAAAGGGACCUGGUACGAGGUCUGGAUCUUCUGAAGGAAACAAUAGCUGAAGUGAACACUCAUGUGGAUGAGUUUGAGAAGGCGAUGCGGCUGAGGGACUUAAGCAGUAAACUGGAACCCAAGUCUCAGGUCAAGAUGUCUCAUGGACAGGUGUUCCGAAGAGAGGACAUGAUACAUGGAGAGAGGAAGCUGCUUCAUGAGGGAAUGCUCAACUGGAGACUAGCGUCUAACAGAAACAAAGAUGUCCUUGUCCUGCUGUUAUCAGAUGUUCUGCUGUUGUUACUGGAGAAAGAUCAACGACUUACAUUUGCCUCUCUGGACGGUAAGUCUGCGGUGAUCUCACUGCGGAAGCUCAUAGUGCGGGAAGCGGCUCAUGACGAGAAGGCCAUGUUUUUGAUCUCGGCCUCUUAUGACACUCCAGAGAUGUAUGAGUUUCACACUUCCUCUGGAGAGGAGCGCAACACUUGGAGAAACCUAAUCUGGAAGGCUGUGGAGUGCUGUCCAGAAGAAGAGGUGGAGGAUCCAGAAGAACUCUCUGAGAGGAUCAGGGACUUUGAAAGGAAGCUGUGCAUGAAUGAUGCCUUGAUAGAGCAGCACCUCACAGAGAAGCUGAAGUUAUUUGCCAGCAUCGCAGCCUACGUGACAGGUGUUGACGACUUCUCACCAACUGAGUGCCGUCUGCUGUGUGGGAAUGCAGCAGAGCCCCUGCAGGGGGAGCGGCUCCUCGCUGGAGCCUUAAAAGAUGUGGAGCUUUUACAAAACUUGCUGGUAGCAUGUGAGCUGGGCCAAACUCCUCCAACUGGUGAGGGAAUGGAUCUGGUGCCUUUAUCGGGUCUUUUGGGUACUUUCACAGGCUUUGAUGGCAACCCCUAUAUGCUACCUGGAAACUGUGUCAUGGAAAGAAUGAGGGACAGAAACCAGUGUGCCAAUCCAGACCCUCAGCUCAGAGAGAUUUAUCCUAGUGAGAGCAUGGAGCUAUCGGCAGACGAGGAGAUAACUCUACAGAGCUGGAGUGCAUAUCUGUCAGUCUUCUUUCCUAAAGCCAAGCUUUAUGACAUUGUAACAAAUCUGUCUCAGAAACUUUACAGCCUUCAGUCGGUUGUCUUGCGAUUGGAGAGCCACAUUGAGGUGCAGUGCGCCACUAUUGAAGGGCUGAUGUCCCGACCGAGGGGCAACUCCCUCCUGGAGCAGGAAAAGUAUCGGAACUUGGAAAAACAGCGUGAGGAGCUGGCCAACUUCCAGCGGAUCCAGAACCAGCACAGGCAGGAGCAGGCUCAGUGGGAACAGGAACGAGAGAGGCAAAGAGUGGAGGCAGAGAUGAAGGAAAAGCAGUUGAGGGAGAGAGAACUAGAAUGCAGCAAGCAGGAGGAGCAGCUAGCUGAGGAGAGACAGAAGCUGGCCAGGUGCAGAGAGGACUACCAGCAGGAUCUGGAGAGGCUCCGAGACUCCAUGCGUGCUGUGGAGAAGGAGAGAGAGAAGCUGGAGCAGCUGCAGAAGAAGUAUAAGAAGAACGAGAAUAUUCCCAUCCCUGCAAACUUUGCUCUGGAGAAUGAACAGAUACCUCCCCCCUACCCCAUAUUUAAUGUGGUUCCUCCUGGCUUCGAUGAGAGGCCUCCCCUGGUACCACCACGCAGGGAGAGCAUCACUGCGCAGACCAUUAAGACAGAAGUCCCCAUCCACCUCAUUAGCACCACCAACCAGUCACACAAAGCCAGCUCCGUCCAACAGAAGAUCCCCACCAAGCUGGCCGCCCAGCCAAAAGGCAAGGAGAAACACGGCAAGCACAAGCUCUCCCACCAGCGCACCAACAGUGCAGCUGGUAUAGAGGUGUCUCAAGUACUUCCCAUCAAAGUUGCAGGAAAGGAAGGAGGUAGUUUAAGAACCAUGAGAUCCAGCAGCCCCCACAAACUCCAUCCAGAUAUUUUUAUCCAACCAGAGAAGUUAUCCAGCUCUGUGCCAACUCAUUCAACAAACACAAUCAGGAAGCAUAACCUCAGCACACACAACCACAGCAUGCACACUACCCACUCGGGGCAUCUCAAAACCAAAGACAACACAACUGCAGAAGACAUUUUUUUCUUUUAGUGUCCCAUGGGAUCUGCAGACUACAUCAAGGAUGCACACUGAUUGCUAUUUCGCUAACGUGACCUGUACGGUUGUGUAAUGGGAUAAUUGCAUUUUAAGGAACAAUAUCAUGCAGAUGAUUGUCACAAUUGGGAACAGUUUUCUGUUUUUACUGUGAUUUUUAACAGUUAAAUUGGAAAAACAUAAACAGGGAUAGUAAAAAAAAAAAAAGAUGAUUUUAGAAGGAAUGAUCCUUCUUAUGGAGGUCUUUAACAGUCUCUUAUAGUCGAGUGCAUCUGAUUAUGGUCGCAUUUCACAGUUGAAACAAUUUGUGUAUCUUAAAAACCAGCAGUUACAACAGUGCAUGACUUAAAACCUGUUCAGUUAUGCAUUGCAGAACGUUCUUUCUCUUAAGUUGCCAUUCCUGUAAAUAGCUGUUUUAUUAUAGUUAUUUAUUGUGAUUCAGGGAUGUUUGUUCCAUUAGCAUUACACUGGAAUGUAUUGGCGUUUCUUCAUGUUAUCAAGAGCAUCUCAGAUGUGACAUUUAAAAACUUUUUUGUGAAUGUAAAUUUACUUUUGAAGUUUCCUCCAGUUUCUGCACAGAUUGAAGGAUCUUUUAAAUAAUGUUGCAUUCCUGUCCACUGGAAAAUACUGUUAUAAGGAGAAAAUAUUUUAGUGUUUUAGAAAAAAGUAGCAUGAUUUUAUAAAUUUUUUACUAAAUGUAUCCAUUGACGGUUGCAUGUUACUAAUUUCUUUUUAGUUUUCCCCUGGAAAAUGGCGUAGUUUCACUGGAACAUAUUAUAUAUUUAGUUUUAUCCUAAGAAAUACAAAUAACGCUGUCUUAAUUGGAAUCUGUACAUUGUAAAUGGUUAAUAGCAAAUACGGCCUUACUGAGAAAGUAAACUGUUGUGCUUGUCAUUUGCUUAAUUACAUGAACAAACAUCAAACCUGUA